CGCAGUUGUUAUUUUGCACGUACGGCAUAUACUUGUUUUUGGUGUAUUAUUGGAUUUUUACCGUUGUCAAUCAAAAUUUUUAGUGUUGAAAAUUUUAGAUAUUUUUUUUGCAAAUUUCUUGUUAAAAAUACAUUAUACCAAAAUUUCAAGUGAUUUUUUCGUAAAAUAGUUAAGAGAGUCAUUGUAACUUUGCAGAACAUAACAUAAAUUUUUUUUUGUUUUCACAAUGCUCAUGAAAAUCCCAUCAAGUGAUUGGUCCGAUCAAUUCGAACACUAUGUCAUAGAAGAGGAAUCAGACAACGAUUUGGAUGACUUAGAGCCAGAUUUUUCCGAAUAUUUGUGGAUGGAAAACGAAGAGGAAUUCGAUAAAACUGAAUUACAACGCUUAGAAGAUGAAGAACUUAUGAAAGAAUGUAUAGACGCCAUGCUCGAUGAUGAGCUAGAAGAAGAAAUCAAUGAAUGGGAAAAGUUGAAAAACGAAGAAUUAAGUGCAGCUCUAUCUUCGUUGGCCGUCAGUGAAUGUAAUGUAUCCAAUUCAUUGUUAAAUCCCCUGGCAGCUGAGUUUAUACCACAAAGCCAUUUAAUAAUUGAUCUGGGAUCAUCAUAAACGACACAAGAAUUUGAACUCUUAGGAAUAGCAGCGGAACAAGAUGGAAACGUAACUUGAACAUUAUUUCUUAAAUGUGGUGAAACGACGAUCUCCUCAUUCAACGUUCACUAUUUUGAGGUCUACGAACUAUAACUACUACCCAUACACACAUUAAACGGGAUAAAAAGAACUAAAAACCAAACCAAAAAAAGAAAAAAAACUUAUACGAAAUCAUAUACUUCCUGUUGCCAUGCAACUGAUGAUGGUAUUAGAAAAAAAAUAACACAAGUUUUCCAGCAAUUUAUUAGACAUUUUUGCAACUAAAAUGUUUGAUAUUUGUUUGAAAUGCUCUCUUUACUGUAAUACUACUAAUAAAACACGACAACAAUGUAAGACUUAAAAAAAGAAAAAUCAAAAAAAAAAAUAAUUUGCGCAAAAAAAACUCAAAACAAAUUAAAAAAAAAAACAUAAAAUAUUUACAAAAAUCCUACAAAAAAAGUUUAAAACUUAAACAAAAAUGAAUUACAAUAUUUUUUACGCUUCCUUUUGAGUUUGAAAGCCAACGACUGCCUUUGGUUUUAGUUUAUUAUGUUCAGAAAUUACCAUAUGUGAAUUUGUUGUAACAUUACUGCUGUCAUCAUGAAAUAGUAGAGGCAUUAACUUGAAACUCAUUUUUAAGAGAUUUUUUCGUUUAAGCUACACUUAAAAAUAAUGAAAAUAAUUUAUUUUCAAUUGUGAUAUUUUGUAUACAACAUACAUAAGUUUAGAAAGAUUCAUCAUACAAAGAACUUGAAGUUUGUUUUAAACUUCUGCUCAAAAUUGUUGUGUAAAAAUCGUAAGCUUCUUUUAAAAUGUAAACAUAUGGAAAUUUAAAACUUUUUAUGUUUGUGGCAGUGAUAGUUGUUAACAUUUUUAUAUGGUCCCCUAAGCUAAUUUUUUAUUCUCAAUCACUUUUUCAUUCCUUUUUUCUGUUAAACAUAAUUUUAUAUACUCUCUGUUAUUAUAUUUUUUAAUUGUUAUUUUGUGUAAUUUUUUAAGUUCAUUAUUUUGUUUAAUAUCUUUGAUUUACAUUUAAAUAAUUCCAUAUGUCCUCCAAUCCUCUCCCCAAUACUAGAGUUAAACAAAACAUGUAAAAUUAUUUGUAAUUACAAAAAAAAAAGCAGCAAAGUAUACUAAAUUAAACUGUUAGUUCUAGCUUUAGAUUUUUCUCAUAAUUUUUGUUUAAUUU